UCUGGCUCCGCCCUCACGGCAUAAAGCUUCAUCUGUAUGUGGACAGCGGCUAGUUAGCUAACAGCAUCGACCGAAACCUGAAGAGGGGCAAUUAUAUCAGGCCGGGGUUAUCCACCUGGCGUUCGCAAUUAGUCAAUUCCCGAGGGGACACGGAUAUUUCAGAACCGAACCAAAAGAAAGGAGUUCCUGAGGAACGUAGCCAGUUUUCGUGAAGUCUUGGCCGCAUACGUAGUUUUAACCUGCUAUCAUAUCAGCUAGCUUAAGCAGACAGGCCGUGGAGCUGAGCCAGCGUGAAUUAUCUAAUCGAAGCGGUCAUCCUGGAACAUCACAGCCCGCCUUUGUGCUCACUUUCUGUAUCAACAAUACGAAAACCCCAAACACGGAGGGAGGAUGGCCCUUAAAAGGAUCCACAAGGAACUGAAUGACCUGGCUCGUGACCCCCCAGCUCAGUGCUCUGCUGGCCCGGUGGGAGAUGACAUGUUUCACUGGCAGGCUACCAUCAUGGGACCUAGUGACAGUCCAUAUCAGGGAGGUGUUUUCUUCCUGACAAUUCAUUUUCCAACAGACUACCCCUUCAAACCCCCAAAGGUGGCAUUCACAACAAGAAUUUACCACCCAAAUAUUAACAGUAAUGGCAGUAUCUGUCUGGAUAUUCUCAGAUCACAGUGGUCUCCUGCACUUACUAUUUCUAAAGUUCUUCUCUCCAUUUGCUCACUCCUAUGUGACCCAAACCCCGAUGACCCAUUAGUGCCAGAGAUUGCACGGAUCUACAAAACAGAUGGUCAGAAGUACAAUAAACUAGCUCAGGAGUGGACGGCAAAGUAUGCCAUGCUGUAGGAUACACCAAAAUGGCAAAAGAAUGGACACAAAAGUACGCAAUGUGACGGCGUUCAUCGGAAGCUGCUGAAACUGUUCGUUUAAGAUUAAAGUUUGGGUUUUUCUUUUUCACUUUUUGUUUUUAUUAAUCACCACUUGACCCCCCCCCCCCCCCCCCAUCAUUUUCUUUGUUUUCCUGACUAUGAGAACGACAGCGUUUUCUCUCUAGCCCCCCCAACCCAAACUCAAGUAUCAUUGCAGUUUUUGGAGAAAAGAAAUCAGCUUUUUGGUCUGAGGAUGCUCAGAGCCUUAUUGUUAUUGACUCGUCACCUGUCUAUCCAUGUAGCUGGUCUGACAGACACUCCCCCUUUGAAGAAAAGCUUUGUUUUGGCAACCCUCUAACGGCAGGGCUGGAAAAUCUUUGACCCCGCCCCCUACUGGUCACAUAAGGAAGUGUAGCAAAAUUGCAGCUUUGAGCUAGAAGCAGUUUCCUGUGUUGACGAUAAAGACUGGGGUGAAGUGCAGUUUACAUCCAUCAUGAUUCCCCUCUGAAGCUUUCAACGUUAUUUUUUAAUUUUAAACACCGUCUCCUCGUAGCCCAAAAUAAUUCAGCCAAGGUGAAAGUCGAUACUUGAUCCUUCCCUGUUACUUUUUGAUUAUCCCUCAAUAAAGAUACUUCAACUAUAA